AUGGAUACCCAAAAGAAGACCAGUCAAAAAAAAUCUAAUAGUGAUGAAGCCCCAAGACCUCACGUUUGUCCAAUUUGUCAGCGUGCCUUUCAUAGACUGGAACAUCAAACAAGACAUAUGCGAACACAUACGGGGGAAAAGCCUCAUGCCUGUGAUUUUCCCGGUUGUGUUAAAAGAUUUAGUAGGAGUGAUGAAUUAACAAGACAUAGAAGAAUACAUACAAAUACGCAACCCCGUGGUAAAAGAGGGAGAAAGAAGAAGGUUCAACCCAUUGAAGAUACAAACGGCGUCGCUACGACGACUGAGACAACGGCUAGGUCAUCGUCAUUAAAUCAUGGAGUGAAAUUUGAAAUUGGUGGGAAUUUUACAGAACCCACUGAAUUAAAACCUUCAAGAGUACCUAUUUCGUUAAGUAGUCACAAUAGUAGGACUCGUCUAAAUGCAUUAUCUUCUCUACAAAUGAUGACUCCUUUGGCUGGAGGGAAUCCGACUUUUAUUGAUAAUCCAAAAUCUUCUAAUACUACCAUUUUACCUAGACCGAAAUCCCUCACAGACGUUGCCAAUAUGCAAUAUCGAAAUAGAAGUCCCAGGGUGAAUAUGAGCACCGACCAACUGAAACGCCCUAGUUCAGCAUUAAGUUUGACGGACCUUCUCACUAAUGAUACAAAUAAUAAUAAUUCAAACGAUUCGGAUUCUGACCUAGAUGAAUUGAAAGAUCCAGGUAGUGAAUCUAACGAAAUAGGGGAUUAUUUACAGGAACAGUCAAGAAAGAAAUCUAAAACUUCUACUCCUACGACUAUUCUGAGUAGGUCUACAAGUGGUACAAACUUAAGUUCGACUUUCCUCACGCAUUUAAACAAUACCAAAUCAUUCUCCGAUGAAUUGAGUAAUAGGUUACUUGCAGUUCAGCGAUCUGAAAGCCCCCAAGGGAAGCAGCAGCAGCAACUUGAUAAUGCAGAGGCACUGCCACCAAUAAGAAGCUUGCCUUUACCUUUCAUAAUGGAUUAA